AUGGACGGCAAAUCCAUAAAAUCGCCAAAGUCAAUAACAAAAACCUACAUGUCAAAAUUUCCGUCUUCGAAAUUCAACUCCUCAGUACCCCGCCACACCACAACUCUACCUACUAGUAAUAGGCCUACUAAGUCUUCACCGACUACGAAAGUAACACAAACAGCGCAACCACCAUCACAUAAGAACAUAGCAAAUGAUACGCCCGUAAAAAAAAACACAAUCGAAUGUACAAAUAUAUUAUCUAACACUCCCACUAUCAACACCAGUAAUAGCUUUGCCGUAACUACAGCCAAAUCUAAUUAUCCUAAAAUGAACCAAGCGAUCGUUCUAUAUUCAAUUGACGGCGUCCGACAAGUUGAAUACAUUACAGCUAUCAGCAAGCUAACCGAACCAUCUAAUAUAAUUGCAGCGUCUAGAAUCUCAAAAAAUAGAUUUUGUAUAUUCUUCAAAAAUGAAACAAUUGCAAACAACUUAGUUGAAAAUCAUGCACAUAUAGAAAUAGAUAGCAACAUCAUUCCGAUCAGAAAAUUGAUAAACCCUUCUAAAAGAAUAAUAUUAUCAAAUGUGUACCCCUCAAUCCCUGACGGUAUUAUCAUCAGCGCCCUCCAAGACGCAGGUAUUAGAUUAACAUCAAACGUCUCUCCUCUGAGAGCAGGAUUUGCCUCCGAAGAAUUCUCUCACAUAACUAGCUUCCGCAGACAAGUCUAUAUUAACCCUGACGACGCAAAUUUAGUCCCAAGCACAAUUCCAAUCAAUUUUGAGAACAUUAUAUUCCAUAUUUUUCCAACGGAUGACACGGUAACAUGCUUUCGUUGUAAACAAACUGGCCACAUAUCAUCUUCCUGUACAAACCAAAUGCAAAGCACAAUCAACAACAAUCUCACCCACGCAAGCAAACCAACAAAUGAAAAUGAAACCUCCAACCUCACAGAAGGCAAUCUGAAUGAUGAGCUACAGUUAUCAAAAUUAACCUUACCCCAACCAGUCUCAGAUACGCAAACCUCACCCACCACUGAUCCCAUUCAACAUAAUAUCAGUAUCUCAUCAACUGCUGCCUCUACUCCAGACCACAAUAUUGAUAACUUUCCCCCCUUGAACGCUGAAAUGGAAACAAAUCUCACAGACACCCGAUACAAAAGACCAGCCUCAAGCACGUCCCCAAAAUCCACGAUAUCUAUAAACUCGUCAAUGGAUCUAAUCGAUCUUUGUGAUAAUAACAAUGCUCAAAACAAUAAAACUGAUAACAAGAAUCAUGUAAUUAAAAAAAUGAGAACGAAAUCCGACUCAACACCUCCUAAAGCAUCCCCUGAACAUGACACAGACAAACUGGAUGAUCAACUGUAUCCUACACUUGAUUCAUUCACCGAAUCUGCGCCUAUCAACUAUUACCAGUUUAAACACAUUGUAGAAUCGUCAUCAAACAAAAAUGUCAAUAUCAACGCUCUUUGCGAUGACUCUGGAAUAAGUGUAUCUGAUCUACUUGAUUUCUUAGAAUCCAUUCGUCCUAAACUCACUGACCGUAACAUUAAAACUAAGCUCACCAAACUGCGUAAUUUACUAUUCCGUAUAAUGCCCUCACCAAACAACAACAAUUAA